AUGGUCAACGGCGAUGAUGCUCUUGCUGAAGAGGAGAUUGGCUUGGACGAACUUGAGGCACCAGCGCCAGACGAGAAUCCAGACGAGCAGGGCGUUUAUCAGCACGAGAACCUGGAAACAAUUCGCGGGCGUCCCUCUUCCCUAAAAACUCAACAAGCUCAAGACUCUCGGGGCCAAUCCAACGCGACCUCGAAAUGGCUCACGCAGCUGUACAUCAUCUCGUACCUCAUCUUCUUUUCUAUACUUGGUGUGCUUGCUCGCAUAGGACUCCAGGCGUUGACCCUAUACCCUGGUGCGCUCAUUGCCAACACGGACCUUUGGGCGAACUUUGGAGGUAGCCUGCUUAUGGGUAUACUUCGCGAAGAUCGAAUGUUGUUUCGUCGGCACUGGACAGAGGAGUUGGACAAAGCCCGCCGCAACACGCGGAAUUCCUCCCGUGACGAUGACGAAGACGAAGACCCGAGAUCCAAGGAGAUAUUCGACGCCGCCACGGCCUCGUUCGCAUCCACCAAAGCGUCCAUCCCAGCUUAUGUCGGCUUGACGGUGGGCUUCUGCGGGUCUUUUACCUCUUUUGCUUCCAUCUGUCGAGAUGCGUUUCUGGCCAUCUCGAACAAUCUCGACACCUCGGCCGCCUCUACGACGGCCACCACAGGAUUGCGACGCUCAAGGCCGAGCGGCGAUAGUGUUAUGGCAGUCCUAGCUGUCUUGAUCCUCGAAGUUGGCUUGAGUAUCGUAGCGCUUAAUUGUGGCGCUCACUUAGCCACUGGCCUCGUGCGUACAGCGGAGAAGUUGCCUGUCUUGAACAUCAGCCGCAUUAUGGAUGCCUUGGUGAUUGUACUCGGGCCUGGAUGCUGGCUAGGUGCGAUCUUCCUAGCGAUUUGGCCGGUUCAUGACAAUUGGCGGGGGCAGGCUUUACUCGUCCGUGCUUUCCCACUCGGAACGUUUACAGCGAAUAUUGCUGGAACUUGCAUCUUGGGCAUGGCAUACGACCUACAAAGGUCCUCUGCAGGAACUGCUGUCGUCAGCUGCCAGGUCUUUCAGGGGAUCAUUGACGGAUUCUGUGGCGCAUUGACAACUGUCAGCACCUGGGUGCUUGAGCUAGAUACACUGCGUCUGAAACAUGCUUACUUCUACGGCGCUUGCACUCUCGCCGUUGGUGUGGGAUUCAUUACCGCGAUUAUGGGCUCGUUAAGCUGGACGCAGGGUUUUCAUGCUGCGACUUGUAAGGUGUAA